GGUCGCAUUAGGGCUUCUCUUGCCUUCUCACUGCUCAUUGCGGAAAAGCCUUCUGCCGCGAUGAGACGUUUCAAAUAGUUUCACCCGUGGCAAACGGAUGGAGUUGUUUCAAGGAAAUGGAUGCGGAAUCGGAACAGGAAAAAUUAGUAAAAACCUUCGUUGAAAUCGCGAGGAAAAGUUUUGUCGUCAUGCAUUUAAGCGACUAAUAGAUUUAUCCUUUUUUUUUUUUUUGGGGGGGGGAUUGGUGUUGCAAAGAGAGGUAGGGGAGAUGGAAAGUGGAGGUUUGAGUGAAUUCCCUCUCCUGAUGUGAAUUAACGCGGUCCUCCUCGGCGUCAUAGGGAUGGUAUCUGUGUGCCCACCAGAGUGAGGCACCGCCGGCUGCCGACGCGACCUGUUGCGGGCUUUGGUUUGGUGAGCGCUACAAAAAGUGCGCGUUGGAUUAUAAAAUAGCGGAGAACGGAUCCUAUGUGGGUUUUUUUUUUUUGCGUUUCAUUUAAGAAAACUUUAUGACCGUUUGACUCACGGUGUUUUCCCAGAGUUCCCAGUUGAUUGACUGUUUACACCCGGAGCGGUUGGGUGAACGACGUGUUGCGUUCCGUGUUUUUCACCCUGAGAUCCAUGACGUGACACAGCCAACCGAAGGCGUGAAGGUCUUUUAGACGCUCACUUUUUUGUUUUUUUUACAUUACAACGAACAUGGCUUUUUCUAUAAGGAUGGACUAACUACCGAUACCCCCCUAUACCGCCGUCAACGCGUGCAAAAGUACCCACCGUGCGCUCCUCCUUGCCCGCGGGAGCUAACCCCUCUGCUUCCCCCCCCCCCCCCCACCCUCGUUUCGUUUUUGUCUCCCUUUGAUCGGGGCAGAAUGGCCCGGUUCGGGGACGAUGUUCCGGGCUUGCUUGGCUCCGGGGACGGCGGCUCCGAGCGCAACCGGAAUCGGGAUGGAGCGACCGUGUCCACGGGGGGCAUCUCGCCCGCCUUCAAGCAGACCAAAGCGCAGCGGGCCCGCACCAUGGCCCUGUACAACCCCAUCCCCGUCCGGCAGAACUGCCUCACCGUCAACCGCUCCCUCUUCAUCUUCGGGGAGGACAACGUGGUCAGGAAGUAUGCGAAGAAGAUCACCGAGUGGCCUCCAUUUGAAUACAUGAUCCUGGCCACCAUCAUUGCCAACUGCAUCGUCUUGGCCCUGGAGCAGCAUCUCCCCGGAGAGGACAAGACCCCGAUGUCCAAGAGACUGGAAAAGACGGAGCCAUACUUCAUCGGCAUGUUCUGCCUCGAGGCCGGGAUUAAGAUCAUCGCCCUGGGCUUUGUGUUCCACAAGGGCUCCUACCUGAGGAAUGGGUGGAACGUCAUGGACUUCAUCGUGGUCCUCAGCGGGAUCCUGGCCACAGCAGGGGCCCAUAUGAACAUACCCGUGGACUUGAGGACCCUGAGGGCAGUGCGCGUGCUGAGACCCCUAAAGCUGGUAUCAGGCAUCCCUAGUCUCCAGAUCGUCCUGAAGUCCAUCAUGAAGGCCAUGGUUCCUCUGCUCCAGAUCGGCAUGCUGCUCUUCUUCGCCAUCCUCAUGUUCGCCAUCAUCGGCCUGGAGUUCUACAGCGGCAAGCUGCACCAGACCUGCAGGCCCCAGCUGGGGAUUCUGGAGAACCAGACGGUGGACUCGUCCCUGUCCGAGUUCCCCUGUGGGGUGCGCCAGUGUCCGGACAAGUACACCUGCACCGAGGGCUGGAUCGGACCCAACGACGGGAUCACCCAGUUCGACAACAUCCUGUUUGCCCUGCUAACUGUGUUCCAGUGCAUCACCAUGGAGGGCUGGACCACGGUGCUCUAUAAUACCAACGAUGCCUUGGGGCCGGCGUGGAACUGCCUCUACUUCAUCCCCCUCAUCAUCAUCGGGUCCUUCUUCGUGCUGAACCUGGUGCUGGGAGUCCUCUCUGGGGAGUUUGCCAAGGAGAGGGAGAGAGUGGAGAACCGGAGGGCCUUCAUGAAGCUACGGCGCCAGCAGCAGAUCGAGAGGGAGCUCAACGGCUACCGCGCCUGGAUAGACCGAGCAGAGGAGGUGAUGCUCGCUGAGGAGAAUAAGAAUUCAGGAACUUCUGCUCUGGAUGCUCUGACAAGGCUCCCAGAGUGUAGGACAGGGGGUACCUAUGUCUUGAAGAGAGCCACGACCAUCAAGAGGAGGGGUCUGGACGUGCCGCGCGGGGGCCCCUCUGAUGAGGAUUCGUACGGGGACAUCUCGUCUGUAGGUGAGCGGGCCUUCCAGCAGCCCUCCAGUGCUGGGCUGAAGGGCACAUAUGAGCAAAGCAAGCAUAGAGGUAUCCCCAUGCCCAGAGCCAGCAUCAGGAGUGCCAAGCGCGGCCCCACGGCGUACUUCCGGCGGAAGGAGCGUCUCCUGCGUAUCUCCAUCCGGCGCAUGGUGAAGACCCACACCUUCUACUGGACCGUGCUGAGCCUGGUGGCCCUCAACACCAUGUGUGUGGCCAUCGUCCACCACAACCAGCCGCCCUGGCUCUCCGUCUUCCUGUACUAUGCAGAGUUCCUGUUCCUGGCGUUGUUCCUGACCGAGAUGGUCCUGAAGAUGUACAGCCUGGGCCCACGCCUCUACUUCCACUCCUCCUUCAACCGCUUCGACUGCAGCGUGAUCGUGGGGAGCAUCUUUGAGGUGCUGUGGGGUUUCUUCAGGCCCGGCACCUCGUUCGGCAUCAGCGUGCUCCGUGCCCUGCGCCUGCUGAGGAUCUUCAAGAUCACCAAGUACUGGGCGUCUCUAAGGAACCUGGUGGUGUCUUUGAUGAACUCCAUGAAGUCCAUCAUCUCCCUCAUCUUUCUCCUCUUCCUCUUCAUCGUGGUGUUUGCACUGCUUGGCAUGCAGCUCUUCGGUGGCAGGUUCAUCUUUGAAGACUACACUCCAACAAACUUUGACACCUUCCCUGCAGCCAUCAUGACCGUCUUCCAGAUCCUAACCGGAGAGGACUGGAACGAGGUGAUGUACAACGGGAUCCGCUCCCAGGGAGGAGUGGGGGUCGGCAUGUGGUCUUCCAUCUACUUUAUAGUCCUCACCCUGUUUGGAAACUACACGCUCCUCAAUGUCUUCUUGGCCAUCGCUGUGGAUAACCUAGCUAAUGCACAAGAGCUCACCAAGGACGAAGAGGAGGCUGAGGCCGCCUUCAACCAGAAGCAUGCGCUCCAGAAGGCCAAGGAGGUGGGAGCCAUGUCCUCCCUCAUGUCUUCAGAUGGCAGUCGGAGGAGAAGGCCCUACCUGUACAGGAAGAGGGCCAUCCACCGCAGCCGGCCGGCCCACUCCUACUCCCUGGAGGAGAGCCAGGGCAGCUUCCGGGAGGCCUUCCCGCCGCCCCCUCUCAACCCCUGUAACUCUUUCAUGUCCAGGAGGGAGCGGCGGCGACGCAUGACCAUGUCCGUGUGGGAGCAGCGGACCAGCCAGCUGCGGAGGCACCGGCAGAUGUCCAGCCGGGAGGUGCUGCACAACAGCACCGGCGGCGAGGAGGCCACGGACGGAGCCGCCGCCGCCGCCGCCACGCCGCCGCCACCGGGGGCACUCCCGCACCCGCUGUCCGUGCACGGCAAACACAACCAGAGCACCCCUCUGGGCAGCCUCAAGCGCCUGGCCGCGGCGGACCCCCUGGCCUCGCCGAACCCCCCGCCCCCGCCCGCGCCGGCGACGGAUCCCACGGGUCCGUCGGGCGCGGCCCUCGCUCUCUCCCCCCCGGACGCCCUCCCGGCGGAGGCCGCGGACGCCGCGUCGGACCGCGGCGACGCGGCGUCCCGCCCGGAGCCCCCCUUGACCCUGGCGGUGCCGGAGCCGCCCGAGGCGGAGGCGGCGGCGGCGGAGAGGCGGGGCCACUACGGCCCCGUCAACGGGUGCCGGAGCCCCAUGCGGAACGGCGAGCGGCGGCACCGCGCCGCGAAGAAGUUCCGCCCGCCCGCCGCCGGGGGGGACGCCCUCACCCCGGAGAUGGCGGGGGGUCACGGCGCGGCGGGUCAGGGGGGCCAGCGCUCGGCCAGCCGGUCUGUCAGCCGGGAGCGGAGGUCGAGGAGCGAGGAGGAGGAGGAGGAGGAGGAGGAGGAGGAGGAGGCCGGGGGGGAGAAGCUCGGAGGGGGGAGACCAAAGGGAGUACACAGUUCCGACCCAGGUCUGUCAGAGGGCCAGAACCAGACCCACGCCCCCUGCACUCAGAACCAGGGGGGCCAGGCAGAGCAGUGGGAGCCCCCCGGUCUCCGGCCACCCUCUCCCCCUGGUGAUGACAGCGGAGGUCCCGACCACAGCGCCGCCCUGUGCCUGGACCAGGACCAGCUGGGCUCCAGUGUGACCAUAGACAUGCCCAACGUACACUCUGCCAUGGAGCUCUCCACUAUCACAGUGAACAGUAAGGAUUCGGAGGGCUGUCCGUCAGAGAAGGGGGAGACGGAGGACAGCAAGCCCGUCAGCACCGUCCCCCCUAACAGCAUGUUCAUCUUCAAACCCAACAACCCGGUGCGGCGGGCCUGCCACUAUGUGGUGAACCUCCGGUACUUUGAGACCUGCAUCCUGCUGGUCAUAGCUGCCAGUAGCAUAGCGCUGGCAGCCGAGGACCCUGUUGAUACCGCCUCAGGCUGGAACAAGGCGCUGCGAUAUUUUGAUUAUGUGUUUACUGGAGUCUUCACCUUUGAAAUGAUUAUCAAGAUGAUCAACAUGGGUCUGAUCCUCCACGAUGGCUCAUACUUCAGAGACCUCUGGAACAUCCUGGACUUCAUCGUUGUGAUCGGAGCGCUGGUGUCUUUCGCCCUCACCAAUGUGUUGGGGAACAAUAAGGGCCGGGACAUUAAGACCAUCAAGUCUCUGAGAGUUCUGCGCGUCCUCAGACCGCUGAAGACCAUCAAGAGGCUCCCUAAACUCAAGGCCGUGUUCGACUGCGUGGUCACGUCUCUGAAGAACGUCUUCAACAUCCUGAUCGUCUACAAACUCUUCAUGUUCAUCUUCGCCGUCAUCGCCGUGCAGCUCUUCAAGGGGAAGUUCUUCUACUGCACGGACGGCUCCAAGGACACGGAGAAAGACUGCCAGGGCUACUACAUCGACUACGGGAAGGACAAGAAGGAGGUGAAGAGGCGGGACUGGAAGAGACACGAGUUCCACUACGACAGCGUGGUCUGGGCCCUGCUGACCCUGUUCACCGUGUCCACCGGGGAGGGGUGGCCACAGGUUCUGCAGCACUCUGUGGACGUGACAGAGGAGGACAGAGGACCCAGCCGGGGCAACCGGAUGGAGAUGUCCAUCUUCUACGUCAUCUACUUUGUGGUGUUCCCCUUCUUCUUCGUCAACAUCUUUGUGGCGCUCAUCAUCAUCACCUUCCAGGAACAGGGGGACAAGAUGAUGGAGGAGUGUAGCCUGGAGAAGAACGAGCGGGCCUGCAUAGACUUUGCCAUCAGCGCCAAGCCGCUGACCAGAUACAUGCCCCAGAACCGCCACACCUUCCAGUACCGUCUCUGGCACUUCGUGGUCUCGCCCUCCUUCGAGUACACUGUGCUGGCCAUGAUCGCACUCAACACCAUCGUGCUGAUGAUGAAGUACUAUUCAGCCCCACCGGCCUACGAUGCGGUCCUGAAGCACUUGAACACGGCCUUCACCGUUCUCUUCUCCGUCGAGUGCAUCCUCAAGAUCAUGGCCUUUGGCUUCCUGAACUACUUCAGAGACACGUGGAACAUAUUCGACUUCAUCACCGUCUUGGGAAGCAUUACGGAGAUCGUGGUCAUGCAGUCGGACGACACGUUCAACAUGAGCUUCCUGAAGCUGUUCCGUGCGGCGCGGCUGAUCAAGCUGCUGCGGCAGGGCUACACUAUCCGCAUCCUGCUGUGGACCUUCGUCCAGUCCUUCAAGGCCCUGCCCUACGUCUGCCUGCUCAUCGCCAUGCUCUUCUUCAUCUACGCCAUCAUCGGCAUGCAGGUGUUUGGGAACAUAAAGCUGGAUGAGGAAACGCAUAUCAAUCAACACAACAACUUUAGGACCUUUUUUGGGGCUCUGAUGCUGCUCUUCAGGAGUGCUACAGGGGAGUCGUGGCAGGAGAUCAUGCUGUCCUGUCUUGGGGGGCAGCGCUGUGAGCUGCCCGCCUCUCAUACUCCUGCGCUGCUGACCUCCGACCAGGAGGGGGGCUGUGGGACCGACUUUGCAUACUUCUAUUUCGUCUCCUUCAUCUUCUUCAGCUCCUUCCUGAUGCUGAACCUGUUUGUGGCGGUGAUCAUGGAUAACUUUGAGUACCUGACCAGAGACUCCUCCAUCCUGGGCCCCCACCACCUGGACGAGUUUGUGCGCAUCUGGGGGGAGUACGACCGGGCUGCGUGUGGUCGUAUCCAUUACACUGACAUGUAUCAGAUGUUGACCAACAUGUCGCCACCUCUAGGCCUGGGCAAGAAAUGCCCCUCCAAGUUGGCCUAUAAGAGGCUGGUUCUCAUGAACAUGCCCGUGGACGAGGGGAUGAAGGUCCACUUCACCUCCACCCUCAUGGCUCUCAUCCGCACCGCCCUGGAGGUCAAGAUAGCCAGAGGGGGUGAGGACCGGGGUCAGAUGGACAUCGACCUGCAGAAGGAGAUCGCUGUGAUCUGGCCUCACGUUUCCCAGAAGAACCUAGACCUGCUGGUGCCCAUCCACAAAGCCAGCGAUAUGACCAUCGGGAAGAUCUACGCCGCCAUGAUGAUCAUGGAUUACUACAAGCAGAGCAAAGCCAAGAAGCUCCGGCAGCAGCUGGAGGAUCAGAAACACGCUCCGAUGUUCCAGCGUAUGGACGCGUCCUCUCUGCCGCAGGACAUCCUGUGCAGUGCCAAGACGCUGCCCUUCCUAACGCACGGCGCCGGAUCAGCCCUUACCAGGGGAGGUUUUGUGGCCCUCAGCCCCAUCUCCCCUCAGGACAUGUUCCUGCAGCGUCCUUUGUCUCACACCCUUGAUAAGGAUGAGGAGGAGGACUACCACCACCCACCCUACAGACGCUACCACCACCACAUGCACACACUGGUACCCGAGGUGGUGGAGUACGACAGGGUGAUGAAACAGACUGCCGCACAGGACCCCGCUGCUGUGGUCAGAUCUCCGGGGAGGACUGCCUCCGUCCGGGCCUCCUCCAUGCCCAGGCUGGCUGUGGUGGACCCCCAGUCGGGAGCAGCAGCAGACAGUAAGCUGAUGAAGCGCUCCUUCUCCACCAUCGGGGACCAGUGUGUGAACGGCCUGUGGCAGGAGGAGCACUCCCUGGAGAAGAUCAGCCCCGACUGUGCCUACCGGCCUCGCCAGAGGAGCUACCGAGGGCCCAGAGUGACCCACAAAGAGGCCGGGGCCCACGAGAGAGGCCGCUCAAAGGAACGGCGCCACCUGCUGUCGCCUGACGUGUCGCGGUGCAACUCGGAGGAGCGCAGCCAGGACCAAUCCAGCGAGAGGAGGUGUUCCCGCUCGCCCAGUGAGGGGCGGGCGAGGGACCUGCAGAGACAGGCCGCCGCCCCCGGCAGCCCGGCCCACUCGGCCACCGACGGCGGGACGCCGCGCGGCCGGCGGCAGCUCCCCCAGACGCCGUCCCGCCCGCGGCCCUUCAUCUCCUACUCCCCCCUGGUGUCCCGGGGGGCCGACCCGUCCUCCACCCCCCCGGCGGCGCCCUCCUCCUCCACCACCACCACCAACACCACCAUGCAGCCCCCCCAGGACCACCACCCCGGGGGCUUCGUCGAGGGCCCCUGGAGGGCGGAGCGGGAGGGGGGUGCUCACCCAGCUGCAGCGGUGGCGGCGCCAGGAGCGGGGUCGCCUCCCUCCGGCCCCGAGGGCCCCGGCGGCGGCCCCCCGGCAGGGCUCCACUCCUCGCCACACCGCUACAUCUCGGAGCCCUACCUCCCCUUCCACCAGGGCCCCCACGGCGGCGGCGGCGGCGGCGGCGGCGGGGGGGCCGGGGGGGAGGCGGGCGACGGCGAGGAGACUCUGACGUUCGAGGCCGCCAUAGCGACCAGCCUGGGCCGCGCCAACGCCAUCAGCUCGGCCCCCCAGCUCAGACACUCCUGGCAGGUGCCCAACGGCCACUUCAUGAAGCACCGCGCGCCGGCCAGCGCCGCCGGCGCCGGACAGCCGGUGAGCGACACGGACGAGGACGACCGUUGCUAAGGACCGGGAGGAGAGAGGAUGGAGAGGAGAGGGGUAAGGCGCUGAGGUCCGGGUCACCUGCCGCUGAGCAUCUUCCUCAGCCCCUCGGUGCCUCUCGCUGACUGGAUGAUGUCAUUGCUGGCGGUGUAAACACGGACUGUGUGUGUGUGUGUGUGUGUGUGUGUGUCAGUUUGUGGAUGUACGUAUGAAUGUACCAAAGUUGAAAUAAAAAAUAUGAAUAAGAACAAUGCCUCAACGGAUAAAUAUGGAGAAGGACUCAGAGUUAGGUUUGAACGUGCUGCGGUGAUAGAACUAAAGGUCCUGGUAAUGAAAUCAUGGGACUGGGGGAACGUAUGGUUUGUAUAAAGGAAGAAACGAAUACCAAAAUAAAUCAAGAGGGACAUAAGUAAUUUUCUUUACAUAUUUAUUAUGUCUUAUCUAUGAAUUAUGUAAUAUUUUCAUUUAUUUAUUAUUUCAAUUUGCUUGCAGAUAUUUAUAUAGUUUGUUAUCUACAAAUACCUUUUAUUUGUUUAUUUGAUGAGGCAUCGACUCAUUAAUUACUUAAUUUAUUAAUGUAUGAAAUUCUGUGGCCCUGUGUAUGUGUAUCCUGUGUGUGCUUCCUAGCAGCAAGAUUUCCAAAACAAAGAAAAGGUUCACACACAUACUGUGCUGUAAGUCAGGGGUUUGGCACCUUGCGUUCCCACACACACUUGAAAUGGUGUCGACGGUUGUUGGGACAUGUGCAUUAGGAUUACAACUCUACAACGGGUGGUUUAAUGGCUUGUUGGACUCGAGGGACAGCCUACGGCGCAUUGUGUGUUGAUGAACAUAAAGUAGCAUGUGCAAUUAAUGUGAGGAAUGUAUUUUAACUCCAGGUGAACCAGAACGUUGUUGUCGAUGUUACCUCCAGCUGGGCGAUGAAAGGGGUUUGGUUUUAUGGGUUUUAAUAGUGUCAACGACCAUGGAAGUACAGUGACUGUCAACAAAAACGGGACGAUAAUACAUGGACUUCCACAUGGUGAGAAGACACGCUUCAAACCACCUUUACAACAUGAGCCCCAAGGAGCUCUGCUGAACCCUGAAGUGACGGACAUUGGUUCUCCGCUCGGCCUGUGUUUGACGGACGAAUUGACCGCGUCACGCGGGAUAGCGUGGGUGAGGCAGAGGAGCACGGUGGCACUGUAGCAUUGUAGUUAUUAUUUUUGUAUCUCCAAACACCUCAUCUCUCGUCCCAGCGCCAAUGGACUAUAAAAUGACACCCACUACUACACGAAGAUCAUGCUUGGCCGUAGUCUGUUCAGUUCUGGGAUUAUAACGAGCAAGACCAGGGCUGCCACUGCCUCCACCUGAUGAUCGGGCUGACUGCAGAGUCCUCCCGCUCCUGUUGCUGGAUCUGUCAGCCCUCUGCCCUCCGUCAGUGUUGUGAGUGACUGGGAGAAAGCAGAAUGUCGUAAUACAAGAGCCAUUCUCUCUUCUUGGACCUGGAGUCUCCGGGGUGGUUUCGGUCAUCCGUUUGACAGGCUAUGAUCAUGUGUUGAGGGAAUUAAAUUGCCAUUUUUUUUACAUGUAGUGCAAACAAUUUCACCAAAAUUACUAACAGGACUCACUGCAGUUUCAUGCCAUAAUUAUUCAUUUCACACAUCUGAAGGAUGACAUUUGCCAUUUUCCAGUUCAGAACACAUGCAAGUCAUAGCUGUUUAAAAAAAUCUUGUAACUUCCAGAAGGGUGCUUUGCAGGCAAGAGAAUAAUAUUGCAAUUCCAAGACUUAAUAACACUUCAUCUUCAAUUCAAUGAUUCUAUUUUGACCACAUAGGAGGUGUGAAUUAUUCUGCAUCCUCUCAACUGUUCAUGUGAAAAAGCAACGUUGCUGACAUUUAAAUUCUCAUGCAACUUUGAUGAAGUGUUAGCAAAGAUGAUGGUUGUGAAGAUUGUGAUUAUCGAAUGGUGAUGAUGUUUACUGUGGAAUAUAAUGUAAGAUGUGCCUGAUUCAGAGAUGCCUGUUUUUCGUUUUCAUUAGGCUGCAUACAUGACAUAGUACGUGACAUAGUAAUCAUCGAAUGGCCCUACGCUAACUAUAUUUGUUUUGAAAUUCCGACUUGUUGAAACUUCCCAGCAUAUUAACAUUAGUGUCCCUUUUUAAAAUCCAUUCACGUUUAUAUCAUGCGUUGUUGUGUCGUACUAUACUAAGUUGAACUUGUUGCUGAAAUGUGAAUUGGCUGCGGAGACACAGGAACAGUACAGACAUUCCACGCACACACACGAGUCGGCCUGUGGAUAAGGUAUCGCCCUUUUAACAUUUUACACUGAAGAUUGAAUUUCAAGGCCCACUUUUGAACAUACACUGGUGACGCGUGUAGAGUGGUUCUUCCUGUUGCCCGUUCCGUGUACAGUACAACACGAGGAACAAUCUUCUCAUAGACCGAUCUUCCGAAUCUCAGUCUGUACAUUCAGAGUGAAGCAUAGGUCUAGGAAAUCCGGGCCAAGUCUGGAGCUUGAUUUCCUUGGCUAGAGAAGCGAUUGGGUAUAAAUAUGUAGGAUCAAUUGUAUAAAAUAAAUUCAUGUCAAUUUAUUGCGCCGUCUAUAUUGUAUUUCAAUAUUGAUGCCUGUCUUUGAAACUCUGAAAAAGAAGUGUUUGAAUAUCUGUUUAAAGGACCAUUAAAGCGUUGAUUUGUCUUUAA